UAAACCGUUCAUUCCCAACGAAUUUACUUCCCCAAACUUCUGCAUUCCUUGUCAGAGAGAGAGAGAGAGGGGGUCCUGCUUCCCCAAAUCCCUUUCUUCAAUCUUCCGGAUUUGUUACAAAGUGUCUCUGUCAUUUGGGUCAAUAAAAAAACAGACCACAGGGAGAAGGAAAAACACCUAGGAAGGUCGACGAUGAUGGCGGCGGCGGCAGUGAGACGAGGAGGUUCAGAAGCCUUUUUCACUGGGUCCCAUUUUCAGCGAUGCCAAAUGAAAAUGACGGGUAUGAUUCUUCCAUCUCCAACCACUUCAUCAAUGUUGUCUAUCAACCACUCCAACUCCAUUUCUUCUUCUAGCAGUAGCUGUAGCAGUAGAUAUCAACACAAAAAUGACGCUUCUUCUUCUUUUAGAAACAUUGAUGAUGCCCUUGCUUCUUUCAAUCACAUGCUUCAUAGGAAACCCCUGCCUUGUAUUAUCCAAUUCGCCAAAUUAUUGUCUGCAAUUGUCAAAAUGGGACAGUAUUACGAUGUUGUGAUUUCUCUUUCCAAACAAAUGGAAUUAGUUGGGCUCUCUCCUAAUACUUAUACGCUUAGUAUCUUUAUGAAUUGCUUCUGCCAGUUGCAACGUGUUGAUCUUGGGUUCUCUGUCUUGGCCAAAGUCAUUAAACUUGGUCUUCAACCCACUAUUGUCACAUUUACCACCUUAAUCAAUGGGCUCUGUAAAGUGGGUGAAUUUGCCCAAGCCGUGGAAUUAUUUGAUGACAUGGUGGCAAGAGGGUGUCAACCUGAUGUCUACACUUAUAAUACGAUUAUCAAUGGCUUAUGUAAGAUUGGGGAAACUGCUGCGGCUGCUGGAUUGCUUAAGAAAAUGGAAGAGGCAGGCUGCCAGCCGAACAUGGUGACAUACAGUACACUCAUUGACAGUCUUUGCAGAGAUAGGCUGGUGAAUGAGGCUUUAGAUAUCUUCUCUUAUAUGAAGGCUAAAGGCAUUUCCCCAGAUAUUUUCACUUACACCUCUUUGAUCCAGGGCUUAUGUAAAUUCAGCCGAUGGAAGGAGGCUUCGGCUUUGCUAAAUGAAAUGACGAGUUUGAAUAUCAUGCCAGAUAUUGUCACCUUCAACGUGCUAGUUGAUACUUUUUGUAAAGAAGGCAAGGUUUCAGAGGCUCUAGGUGUGUUAAAAACAAUGAUUGAAAUGGGUGUGGAGCCUAACGUUGUUACUUACAGUUCGUUGAUGUAUGGAUAUUCCUUGUGGACGGAUGUUGUUGAAGCUAGAAAGCUGUUUCAUGUCAUGAUAACCAAGGGUUGUAAACCAAAUAUUUUUAGUUAUAACAUCUUAAUUAAUGGAUAUUGUAAGGCCACAAGGAUAGACGAGGCCAUGCAGCUUUUUAAUGAAAUGAUUCAUCAAGGCUUAACUCCGAACAAUGUUAGUUACAACACUCUUAUUCAUGGCUUUGGCCAAUUAGGCAAGCUCAGGGAAGCACAAGAUCUUUUCAGGAAUAUGUGCACUAAUGGCAACCUCCCAGAUUUAUUUACUUACUCAAUAUUGCUUGAUGGCUUUUGCAAACAAGGGUAUCUUGGUAAGGCAUUCAGACUGUUUCGAGCAAUGCAAAGUACUUACUUGAAGCCUAAUCUGGUGAUGUAUACCAUCCUGGUUCAUGCCAUGUGCAAAUCUGGGAAUCAUAAAGAUGCUAGGAAACUGUUUUCAGAACUCUUUGUCCAAGGGCUGCAGCCUCAUGUUCAGCUAUACACUACAAUAAUAAAUGGACUUUGUAAAGAAGGAUUGUUAGAUGAAGCAUUGGAAGCUUUCCGAAAUAUGGAAGCGGAUGGCUGCCCUCCAGAUGAAAUUUCUUAUAAUGUUAUUAUUCGAGGACUUCUCCAGCAUAAGGAUGAAUCAAGGGCGUUGCUACUUGUUGGAGAAAUGAGAGACAGAGGUUUCGUUGCAGAUGUGAGACCAUGCUUAAGUGAAGUUUGCCAAGCUUGGAACUCAAGGUCCAUUUCUUGAAAGAAAGAUUUACUUUCAAAUCAGAAAUGAAAAAUUCAGUGAAACUUUUUGAAGACAAUCCUCUUUUGUAUCCCUUUCUUGGAUACAUAGUAUAUUAUAGGAUUACUUACAGUCAUGGAGUUCAAGAAAGAGAAGCUAGUAAGGUUAGUCUCUUUGCUUGUAUUUUCUCUCUUUUAUGAUUCACAUUUGCUUUCUUUGAUGAUUUGGUUAAAGGGUGUUCUCAAAAUUUACAGUUUUAAUGCUAGUCAAAACCUGGACAAGACAUUGCCUGUACAUAAAACAUCAGAGCCAUUGCUUAAAACUGAGGAGGUGGUAUUAAUAGUGACAGAAACACAAGUAACAAGGUUCCUAGAUUUGGAAGGUUUAUGGUAUUUCCAGAGAAUCAUCAUGAGCCAUAUUGGAGAGAGAGAAUUCUUGAUCCAGGAAGUGAUGUUAUCUUGAAAUGGAACAGGAUUUUCCUCUUCUCAUGCUUGACAGCACUCUUUGUUGAUCCAUCGUUUUUUUUUCCUUUCAUCAGCAAGCAAAAAGGAAAAGUCAUCUUGUAUGGAUACUGAUUUGAAUUUAGGAAUUACUGUGACAUGUUUUAGAACAGUUGCUGAUGUAUUUUACAUAGAUCAUAUUGUAAUAAAGUUUAGGACAGCUUAUGACUCACCUAGUUCAAGAGUUUUUGGGAGAGGUGAACUUGUUAUGGAUCCUAAGUUGAUCGCAAGGAGAUAUUUGAGAUCAGAUUUCUUCAUAGAUCUUGUUGCA